AGAGAGAGAGAGAGAGAGCGGUAGGGCAGGUUACUGGGCUCAUUGCGGCUCAGGCUGAGGAGCUCUCUCGCCGCUAGCUCCAACGUCUUUUGGAGCCAAGAUGGCCGCCGCCCGGUGCCCAGUUUCCCCUGCAUGUUCCUCUAGCGCUCCCCAAGCGGACCAACGUCAGCGCUCCAGCGGAGAGGAGACAACACUUUAUCUUCUCUGAGUCACCCGCGAGCUCCACUCGCCGCACACAGGGGGGCUCGGGCUCACAGGCUAAGGAACAGGGGGGUAAGGAGAGAGGUAGGAGCGCUCCAUCCAGCACCUGGCGCAUGUGGACAGCGGCCACUGCAGUGAAGCUAAAUGGCGGAGAGGGGCGGCAGAGGAGAGGGAACGGACCAAAAUAACCACCCAGCGUUCCGCACAGGGGGGCAAGACGAGCACAGGUUUGCCGCCUAGCCACAGGAUCUGUUACAGAGCGACAAUGGGGGACAAGGUCUCUGUCAGAUUUAGCUUGUAGGUUAGCUAAGCUGCUGUUUUUUAUUUGGAAGAAGAUUUGGAAUUGGACUCGUUGCUAGGUAACCGUAACUUGGCUGGCUAACGGGCGCGGAUGGAGAUGGGUACGUUACACUGAGGGUGAUUUGAAUUUUGUAACUACUUAGCCAGGUUAGCUAGCGUAACGUUACGUUUCUGACAGAAAUAGUGUGUGACAGGGUUUUGCUUAGGUGUUUUGUCCAUUUUUUGUCGUUUUUAUGUUUAUAAAACACUCUCAUUUCGGUUUAAACAGUAAAAAUAGAGCUGUGAGGGUUUUUUUUAACACGGGGCGACCCAAACCCCAGUGGUUCUAAUUAACGGGCGCGGAUGGAGACAGAUAUUAUAUAUAUGUUAGCUGUUACAUUGAGUGUGUGGUUUGAAUUUGGUAGUUUAACGGUUGCGGAUGGAGAUAAAUAUAAAGCUAAAGCUAGUUAGAUUAGCCUUAGCUACCUUCUGCCCAGUUUAACGAUACUUGGCGAGCUGUAAAGCAUACAUUGUGCGUGUCAGCAGUGUUGCUGAGGUGUUUGGUUUAUUUUUUAAUCGUUUUUAUGUUCGUAAAACAGUGUCAGUCCAGUUUGAACAGUAAAAAUAGAGUGUGAACGGAUUAAACACGGGGCGACACGAACCCCAACCGAUAGUGGUUCUCAUUAACGGGCUCGGCUGGAUACAGAUAGCUAGGUAACGCUAGAAAUUAGCUGUACAUUACAUCUCGCGACAGAGUUUUUGUGUCAGCAGCAGUGUUGCUGAGGUGUUUUUUUUUUUUUUUUUUUUUUUAAUCGUUUUUGCGUUCUCACCACAGCCUCACUUCAGUUUGAGCAGUGAAUAUAGAGCUGUGAACGAAUUAAACACCGGGCGACCCGAACCCCAACCGACAGUGGUUCUCAUUAGCGGCUGGGAAUGGAUGGAUUUCUCCCUGUUGCUCUGCACUGUUGAAGAAGGCUGUGCGUGACGAGAAACUGCGGCUCCAGAUCUCAAAGACUGGAUCGAUACUCAUUUCCCAGAGUCUUUUUAUUUAUUUAUUUUAUUAUAUAAAUAAUAUUUUCAGUUCAGGUUGAAACGUUAUAGCUAGCUGUCCCCUAGGUUAACCCUUUGAGGUGCGCUCGAGCUUCGUUGGCAGUGCGAGGAGAAUCUAUAGCUACCAAUGAGAGGCAGGUAGGUUGGCUAAGAAAAAGGCUCACAAUUAGCAUUUCGUGUACUGAAGCGCCGGUAACGUUGCGUCCUGAGGGCAGAACCGUUUGGCAUGAGCAGAAUUAGCUAACGUUACCAGCGAGAAGAGAGACUGCGUCGCUCGCCGCAGAGCCCGACUAUGCAGCACGCUGAAGCAGAGAGAGCAAGAAGGCAAGAGAGAGAGAAAUUUAUGGCGACAGGUAACGUUAAACUGUAGGGAAGAUACAGAGAAAGACUGUGCUUAGCAAGAAGAGACAAUGAGUGCCCGUGUAUGUGGUCAAUUUGGCGCAAUGCACUGGGCGUGGGAAUCAAGAUGAUUACUGUCAGUAACGGUCCACGUUUUGCUUUCAAGACGUGAAUGAAAAAGCUUAGUGUUCAUGGCCUGAAUGGGUGAUUGAGAAGAGGAAUAUGAGGGAGAGAAGAGACCAGAGAGUUCAGCAAAAGCUGGGGUUCUCCCCCAUGACUUCCUCCCCGCAGCCAAUUUAGUACUGCGGUGGAAUUAAAGCUUCAACUUUUUUUCUUCUCCUUCUUCUUUAUCCCCCUCUUUCACCUCAUCGGCCGCCUCUCUGGGGAAUGGCUCAGCAAGAAAAUGUCUCCCAACCACUUCUCCCCGGAAUGAGUCAUGAAUGCACUAUAGCGGAGAAGCAUCUUCAGUGCUGCGACAUUUGACGUUCAGCUCCAUGCUGGAGAAGGGGGAAAAGAAGAAAAAUCAGAAUGCGCUGGAGAAGCACGCCAAGAUGAUUCCACGCCUAUGUAUUUCAUCCUACCCCAUCACCAUCUGCUUUUCAUGAUUGUUUGCUUGCAUAGCUAUUUGCAGUAUUUCCCCCCAUACUUUUGACACAUUGGGAACUAUGAGUUUGAGGGACCUAUGACUGCACUGUGGUUUUUGUGUCACAGGUGGAAAAAAUGUGGGAAAAUAGAUGAUUUUUUUUUCUUUUCUUGCCACUGUAAAAUUGUUUAAUUCCUGAGGGACAAUGUGCUUUAUUUUGACAAGGUCCUUCUCAGAACAGCCACAUGGUGAAAUUGACAUGAGACUGAGAAUUUGCUGACUCAAGCUCUUCUUUCCAUCUGGGAAUUGUCAGUGGAAAUUUGUGUCAUGGAUUAUCAAAAGAACUCAGUAGUCUGACUCAAACAGUUGUGCUAGUCUUUUAGUAAUUCCACUGGGAGAGUAUAAAACAGUGCCAAUAGUGCUGGUUCACCUCCAACAGCUCUCACUAAGACUUCUCUCUCCCCCCCACCUACAUCACGUGGGGGGGAGAGCUCCCACAUUUGGGGUGACCCUGUGACUUCCCCAAUUGCCUGAUCUCCCCUUCUGCCAGUCCAGGAAGGUUCCUUGAACCAUGGACGGGGGCCAGGGCAGCAGCCCGGAAAGCCCAAACCGGGCGGUGGAGUACCUGCUGGAGCUCAACAACAUCAUUGAGAGCCAGCAGAAGCUGCUGGAGACACAGCGGCGGCGCAUCGAAGAGCUGGAGGUGCAGCUGGACCGCCUCAGCCAGGAGAACAAGGACCUGCGAGUAGAUCGUCAGCCCUGUCCACCUCCACCGCCUCCUCCACUGUCCAAUUCAGCCUCCAGCCAAACUCACAGCCAUCACCAUAUCCCCAGCCAAACCCACAGCCAGCAUCCCCAGCCGGUACCCGCAUCAGCCACUGUCUACCCCAUCCAGAGCCACAACAGUGGUCCUGUCCACAACCCUAUCCCUGUACCAGCCCCUCCGCCCCCUCCUCCGCCCAUCCCUCCCAGAGACCGCCGUCCUAAUGCCAAUGUCAACACAAACGUCAAUGCGCACACCCGCCUCAGCCGCGGCCUGUCCACUGGCUCCAACCCCACAGAGAGAGACCGGGAGAAGGAGAGAGAUAGAGAGCGAGAAAGAGAUGGUUCCAGCACCAGCACGGCCACCACUCUGCAGAGACAUGUGGAGGGCGACCCUCAGUGUGGGGACACAGGCAGCUUUUCAGACAGCUCCUGCAGCCAGGGCCCGUACCUGGGCGGAUCGGAGCGCUACGGGAAGCCCGGCGGAGCUCCUGUGGGCCCUCAGGGGCCUCCUGUGGCACCCCCAAGCCCAGCCAGCCUGGCCUGGGCCCAGCGAACUCGCCUUCAACCCGCCAGUCUGGCUCUACGCAAGCAGGAGGAGGAGGAGAACAAGCGCUGCAAAGCGCUCUCGGACAGCUAUGAGCUCUCCACAGACCUGCAGGACAAGAAGGUGGAGAUGUUGGAGAGGAAAUAUGGCGGUUCCCUCCUGAGCAGACGUGCGGCGCGCACCAUCCAGACGGCUUUCCGGCAGUACCGCAUGAAUAAGAACUUCCAGCGGCUGCGCAGUUCUGCCUCGGAGAGCCGCAUGACCCGCCGCAUCAUCCUCUCUAAUAUGCGCAUGCAGUACUCGUUUGACGAGCGUCAGCCGCAGGUGCAGCCUCAGACUCCCCAACAACAGCAACAGCAGCAGCAGCAGCAGCAGCGCUACCACUCCUCAGCCCUGGGCAUGGCCAGCCACCCUGCCAACACAGAGCAGGACACAGGGUCACCCUCACACUGCCCCUCCGACCGCGAGGAGUACAGCCACGCAGAUGAUGCCUUUACCAAACAAGUCACAUCCCUCGCAGACUCGAUGGACGAUACUCUGACCUGCCGGUCGGGCCGAGGCGACUCUCAGGAGGGCAGUGGUGAUGGCGCUGGUGAGUCAGAAGACUUUGGUGAGUGUGUGUGGACCAGCAAGCCCCUGUCCCGGCGUGGAGUGGGUGUAGGGGAGUCGGAGAGGAGCGGUCCCACCAUGCUGGGGGGCAUGCACGAGGACAGCACGGCCACGUCCUACAGCGACGUCACGUUGUACAUGGAUGACGGCGUGCCCUCGUCGCCCCUGUCCAUCGAGCGUGCGCCCAGCAGCACCGAUACAGAGUACUGGGGAGUGGGAGGCGGUGCCGGGGGUCGCGAGGACAGCCGGGAUACGGAGGGUGGAGGCAGCAACAACAGCCGGCGCAGCACGCCCUGUACCGAGUGCCGAGACUACCGGCUCCGCGGGCCUCACCUGCCCGUGCUCACCAUCGAGCCGCCCAGCGACAGCUCAGUGGACAUGAGCGACCGCUCGGACCGAGGCUCUCUCAGCAGGCAGAUGAUGUACGAGCAGGAGCCUGGGGGAGGAGGCGGAGGAGGAGGCGGAGGAGGAGGAGUUGGAGGAGUUGGAACAGGUGGAGUUGGAAGUUCAGGUUCUCCACAAGGAACACUCAAACACAACCCAGCGGUCCGCUCGGCCAGCGCCUGCACUGCCCAGGGUCAAACCCGCCCCAUGGGAAGACCCGUGCCCUCGCCCCUGCCAACGCACCUACCGCAUCACGCCAUCCUGCUCCACCACCAGCACCAGCAUCCACACCCACAUCCACACCCACAUCCACACCCACACCCACAUCCACACCCACACCCACACCCACACCAUCCUCUCCAGCACCACCCGCUCCACCAUCACCACCACCACCCCCUGCCCCCUCACCUGCACCAUCACCCAGGACCCCACUACCCAGACCCUGGAUCGCCCUCACCCACCCAGCCGCCACCUCUCACGCCCCUGUCCUCCGCCUCCUCCGCACCCCUGCCCUCCACAGGCAUGGAGCAGUCGGACGGAGACAACGACUCCCUCAACUCCACCACCAACUCCAACGAGACCAUCAACUGCAGCUCGGGCUCCUCGUCCCGGGACAGUCUGCGGGAGCCGCUGCCGGCGCUGGGUAAACAGACCUACCAGCGGGAGAGCCGCCACAGCUGGGACUCGCCUGCCUUCAACAACGACGUGGUGCAGAGGAGGCAGUACCGCAUCGGCCUCAACCUCUUCAACAAGAAGCCAGAGAAGGGCAUCCAGUACCUGAUAGAGAGGGGCUUUGUGUCGGACACUCCGGUGGGCAUAGCCCGCUUCAUCCUGGAGAGGAAAGGACUGAGUCGGCAGAUGAUCGGCGAGUUUCUGGGGAACCGGCAGAAGCAGUUCAAUAAGGACGUGCUGGACUGUGUGCUGGAUGAGAUGGAUUUCUCCGGGAUGGAUCUAGACGACGCUCUGCGGAAGUUCCAGGCUCAGAUUAAGGUGCAGGGAGAGGCUCAGAAAGUGGAGAGACUGGUGGAGGCCUUCAGUCAGAGGUACUGUGUGUGUAACCCUGCACUGGUACGACAGUUCCAGAACCCCGACACUAUCUUCAUCCUAGCCUUCGCCAUCAUCCUCCUCAACACUGAUAUGUACAGCCCUAACGUCAAACCGGAGAGGAAGAUGAAGCUGGAUGACUUCAUCAAGAAUCUCAGAGGUGUGGACAACGGUCAGGACAUACCAAGGGACCUGCUGGUGGGAAUCUACCAGCGCAUUCAGAAGUGGGAGCUGAGGACCAAUGAUGAUCAUGUUUCACAAGUUCAGGCUGUAGAGAGAGUGAUAGUUGGCAAAAAACCUGUCAUCUCCCUGCCCCACCGCAGGCUGGUCUGUUGUUGUCAGCUGUAUGAGGUUCCUGACCCUAACCGGCCGCAGCGCAGCGGGGUUCAUCAGAGAGAGGUGUUCCUCUUUAAUGACCUGCUGGUGGUCACUAAGAUCUUCCAGAAGAAGAAGACCUCGGUGACGUACAGUUUCAGACAGUCCUUUCCUCUGGUGGAGAUGCAGGUUCACAUGUUCCAAAACUCCUUUUAUCCUCAUGGUGUCCGGUUAACCUCGGCGAUCCCCGGAGGCGAGCGUAAGGUCCUGAUUGUUUUCACAGCUCCGAGUCAGCAGGACCGCACGCGCUUCGUCAGUGACCUGAGAGAGAGCAUCGCUGAGGUGCAGGACAUGGAGAAAUAUCGAGUGGAGUCGGAGCUGGAGAAGCAGAAGGGUGUGAUGCGUCCUGGUCUGCUGAGUGGAGAUGGUAGUGGUGGUGUUGAUGGUAUGAAGAGCGAGGCAGUGAACGGCACUCUGAGCAGAACAAGCCUGGAUGAUACGUACGCCACAGGGGAGGGGCUUAAACGCACAGCACUCAGCUCGUCUCUCAGAGACCUCUCAGAGACAGGGAAGCGUGGCCGCAGAAACAGCGUCGGCUCUUUGGAUAGUACAAUUGAAGGCUCCAUCAUUAACAGCCCGCGGCCUCACCAGCGUCUGCCCAUGGGGGGCGCUCUUCCUGGCUGCUACGGGCUUGAGGACUACCGGCCUCACCGCCCCAUCCUGAGCCCCGGUGUAGGGGUGGGGGGUGGGCCGGGGCAGUUCCACAACGCGUCGGGGAACGCAGGAGUGGUGGUUGGGGCAGGCCCGCUCCCCGGCGGCGGCGGUGGGGGGACGGGGAGCGGCUCUGGAGGGAGCAGCUCCGGUUCAUUCCUGGGCUCCCUGUUUGGCAGCAAGCGAGCCAAGCAGCCUCCCGCACCACUCAUCCCCCCAGGGCCACACUACCCUGCCCCCGUGCCCCCACCUACUACAGGGGGUCCGCCACCACCUUCCCCAUCCGCCCUCAGCCAGUCGGAUGGAGGGCCGUCCAAGAUCCAGGCGCUGCACGCCCAGUACUGCCACAACAGCGUCGGGCACAACGUUGGCCAGCCUCCACCUCCGUACCACCACCACCAUCACCGCUACCAGAUGCAGCCUUUGGGCGGCGCACAGUUGCCCCCCACGCAUCACCAUACCAUUCAGCGCAGUUCCCUGCCCCGCCGUGGCCCGUCCGCUCCCUCCCACGCCCAGCUGUCCCAACAGCUUUCCCAUGGCCGCCACUCCAGCAUGGGCUGUACCCCUCCGCCUCUGUCCCCUCACUCGCCCCACUCUCCACUAGCCCCCACCUUCAGCUUCUACCACGUCCACCCCAACCCGGCUCGCGUUCCCGGUCCUACCGGCAAGCUGCCUCUCACUCUGUCUCACUCUCAGCCCCACCCACACGGCCACUCCCACGUUCACUCUCAUAUCCACAACCAUCCUGUUCACGCACACCCACUGCUGCACCACCAGGUCCACCAUCAGCAACCGCACCACUUCAUCUUCGCCCCGCCCCCUCAGGCGCCCUCGGCCAUCACGGCUCGCCACGUCCAGCAAGGCGCCCCCCAGUACGGCCCCUUUCACUACCCGCCCCUGUCCUCCAUCCCGCCGCCGCCGCCGCACUCGCCUUUACCCCCGCCUACCUCCCCCCUCACCCCUCUUACACCGCUCACGCCGCUCUCGCCGCUGCUGCCUCCACCCCCUCACCCAGCCCCCGGACCCCCACAGGUGGGUCUCCAGGGGCCUGGCCAAGUAGGGGGAGGGGUCACGGGGGGCGGGGCCAACACCAACACGGUCGGCAGCUCCAAAUCCAAACCCGUCAACCGCAUCAGCACGGUGGUGUGAGGGGCGGAAGGGCUCGGAGGGGCCGAAGAGGCCCCAGAGGGCCACGCAAGCGGAAGCACACCACGCUUCGACUCUGCUACUUCCACAUUCGCUUUCCGCACACGUAGAGCUGGCGGCUGGAUGCUACACGCGUACACCGCUGUCGAAUCACACCAGUACUCUCAACUUCUGAAUAUCCAUCAUAUUCAUCAGCCUGAACUGAAGAGGUUAGAGCUGGAGCUGGAGAUAAAUUCCAUCUUUUCCAGUGGUUGGCAGAAGCUGGGCAGCUACCAUGAACUAGCUAGAAACUCGAUAAUGUGUUGCCAAAGUGGGUAAAUGGUAAGAAGUUGGUGCCAAACUACACUGACUUACAAAUUUACAAAUCAGAAUCAGCUCUUCUAGAACAGAUUGAGAUGAGGAACUACUCUACGUGUGCCGUCAAGCUGCAUCCCUGCUCUUUAGCUGGGCUGAGGACAGGAAAGCAGAACUAACAGGAGGACCAGAAGUUUUGGAAAAAGCUUGAACACAACUUUAACAGAACUGAGAUUAAAAAAAAAAUUCUCCAUUUUUGAGAUGUUUAUUUUUUUUUUCCUCAAUUGACAAUCAUUCCAGGUCCAGGUGAUUUUUUUUAAACAAAAUUUCAACAGAUUCCUGCAUAAGAGUGGCUCUCUACGAUGGACUACAGCUUUAAACAAGCCAGUAAUGCACUUUGAACUGUACGCACCCUUCUUCUCAUAUUUGUAAUAGGACUUUUUUAGUGGAAAGAAACUAUAGGACUAUAGGAGAGAGCCAUUCUGGAGGCAUCAUUCCAAUACGUGGGUCUAACGUUGCAGUAAAAAUGAAAGGAAAUGUUUUUGAGAAUAGAAAAGUGUACAAACACAGGAUACCGUUUUUUUUGUCAGAUUAAAAUCUUCAGAUCUGCAAUAAAUCAGCCAUAGUCUGCAAAAUUCAACAUUCAAUUUCUUAGGGACCUCUUUCUUGUUUGUUUUUACUGGAGAUGUAUUGAACUCAGAAAAUAGAGAAACUAUUUUGUUUUUGACCUUUAGGAAAAUAUAAUGAACAGAACAUGAAUAUACGUAUAUAUAUAUUUUUUUCUCAUUCUAAAUGAAAGAAUUAGCGAAUCACAUUUUAAUUGUCAAUUACAUUGAUUUUUUAAUACUGACAUUUUUUCUACAACAACGUUUUGACCUGAAAACUCUGCAAACAAUAUCUAAUGACAUAUUUACACACUUUGUCUUAUUAAACUAAAUUAAUAAAUAGCCUUAGAGCCCAUUGUUAGAGUUUAGGAUUAGUUAAAGGUGCAUUGGCACAUGCUAACAUAACGUAACUUAAUGUAAUGUAAAGGAACAUACAGCGCCUCCACCUGUUUAAUCAGAAUUACACAAAAGAACAAAAAGGGACGUACCUUAAAGGGUAAAAGAUGAGAAUUUAACUCUAUAAGAGACUAUUGUGUGGGCAUUGCUGAUUUUUUUCUUGUAAAGUUUGAGAGUGCAUUGGAUCAAUUGUAUAAUGACCUACAUGAACAGAUACUGACAUUCAAACUCGAACGCUGAUUGUACAGUACGAGUCAUGCUAUGGUUUAAAUAUAUAUCUUUUAUUUUCGUUAUUAAUAUUAUUAUGAUGUCAAAUACUACUACUGAUAUUAUCCUUGAUAUUUUUGGUGUAACAGUUACUACUAAUGCAAGUGGAUAUCGUUUCUGUGCCGGUUUGUUUUCUAAAAGCUUUUUUCUUUUCUUUUUCUGUUUUUUUUUUUUUUUUUUUUU